UGUAUUUCACUUUAAACAUAAUGAUGCACAAGAGAAGUAUGGGUUUGGGGAAAGAGUUUAAAAAGUCCGUGUUUGUAGAGCGUUGAUUUUUGAAUCAUUCUUCCAUCGUUUAAACUUGAAUGAAAGUUGCAGUUGCGGCUAUAAAGAAAUGUCAGAUAAUUCACAUUUAUCAAUAGCAAUAGUGUGUUCUUCCAAUAUGAAUCGCUCUAUGGAAGCACAUAGUUUCUUAGCCAAAAAAGGUUUCAAGGUAAGGAGUUUUGGUACCGGAGAGAGAGUGAAGUUACCAGGAAUGGCAUUUGAUAAGCCUAACGUGUAUGAAUUCGGAACACCUUAUGAUACUAUAUAUAAUGACUUAGUUACUAAAGACAAACAAUACUAUACACAAAAUGGACUGUUGCAUAUGCUGGAUCGCAAUCGCAGAGUAAAGAAAUGUCCAGAACGGUUUCAAGAGUGCAAAGAGCAGUUUGAUAUAAUUAUUACUGUUGAGGAACGUGUAUAUGAUCAGCUACUUGAAUAUAUGGAAUCCCAAGAUCCUCUAGACAAUCGACCGGUGCACAUUUUUAAUGUUGAUAUUGAAGAUAAUCAUGAAGAAGCUUUGCUUGGUGCAUUUUUAAUCGCAGAAAUGCUAAACAUGAUGGUAAAAACUAGUGAUUUGGAUAAUGAUAUUGAUGAACUGCUUCAAGAAUUUGAGUCUCGGCGUAAUAAAACUAUACUCCAUACCGUUCUUUUUUACUGAUGACAUAAACAACAAAAAUUGGACCUUAUGAUUUAAACGAAUGUAGCAUAUAUAUAUAUAUAUAUAUAU